UUGACGAAGGACAAAUUUACGCCCAGCUGGCAUUUGGAGGAGGAGCAGAUCACAUCUUACAUAUCUGAAACUGCUGAAGCCGCUCAUGCGAAGAAAGUUACUCCUUCAUAACAACACAGAAGUGGAGAAUGUUCGCUUGCAUUUCUUUUACUCGCAGCGCUGUUGCUUUUCGCAACUUUAGGACGUUAGUGCUGGUGCGGUAUGCCCAGACAGCAGCUGCCCCUGAGCCAAAAAUAAAGACAUUUCAGAUUUACAGAUGGGACCCUGACACACCUGGUGACAAGCCCCGCAUGCAAACCUAUGAGGUUGAUUUGAACACAUGUGGUCCAAUGGUUCUUGAUGCUCUCAUCAAAAUUAAAAAUGAAAUGGACCCAACACUCACCUUCAGACGCUCAUGUAGAGAGGGUAUCUGUGGCUCAUGUGCUAUGAACAUCAAUGGGGGCAACACCUUAGCCUGCUUAAACAAAAUAGAUACAAAUACCAGCAAAGUGAUGAAGAUUUACCCCCUGCCUCACAUGUAUGUGGUGAAAGAUCUUGUUCCUGAUAUGAGCAAUUUUUAUGCACAGUACAAGUCCAUCGAGCCGUAUUUAAAAAAGAAGGACGAGUCAAAGCAGGGAAAAGAGCAGUACCUCCAGUCAAUCGAGGACCGCCAAAAGCUGGAUGGUCUGUAUGAAUGCAUUCUGUGUGCGUGCUGCAGCACUAGUUGUCCUAGUUACUGGUGGAAUGGAGACAAGUACCUUGGUCCAGCUGUGCUCAUGCAGGCGUAUAGGUGGAUGAUUGACUCUCGAGAUGAGUUUACAGAAGAGCGUCUGUCCAAAUUACAGGACCCUUUCUCCCUCUACCGCUGUCACACAAUAAUGAACUGUACAAAGACAUGUCCAAAGGGACUCAAUCCUGGAAAAGCCAUAGCAGAAAUUAAGAAAAUGAUGGCGACUUAUAAAGAAAAGAGAUUGUCUGCCAUCUGACUUGUAAAUGCAGAAAAUAUCAUGUACAUGGUUUAAAUGAUUGUGGAAAUUCAGCAUGGAGUGUUUGCUAAUGUGGGAUAUUCUUUGAUAGUGGAGACCUGUAUUUACACCUGAUGAAGUGUAAAUCUACAACAAGACCUGCUUUUCAUUUCCAUUUUAACCUGAUUGUAGUUAUACUGUACAUGAAUGU